AUGGGCACCAUAAGGAAAAACCGAAUAAAGAACUGUCCUCUACAAGACGAGAAGCAGUUACUGAAACAAGGACGAAGCAGCUAUGACUACAGGAAGGACAGUCACUCAGAUCUCAUUUUAGUAAGGCGGGCAGACAAUAAAAUCGUGACACAUGCAAGCUCAUUUUGUGGUGUCCAACCGCUCUCAACAGUAAAACGAUGGGACAGCAAUGAAAUAAGAACAAUUGAUGUGCCCUGUCCCAGUAUUGUACAUCAGUACAACAAGCAUAUGGGAGGAGUUGAUCUUGCUGGUAUGCUGAUAGAGCUCUACAGAAUACCAAUGAAAACUAGGCGUUGGUACAUGAGAUUGUUUGGAUUUAUGCUAGAUCUGAGUGUUGUAAAUACCUGGCUGGUAUUUCGAAGCGAAUCUCUUGACAAGAAGACCUCAUUGAAGUCAUUCAGGGCAGAUAUUGCCAAUGGUUUGAUGUUUUCAGGGGAAAGGAAAGAAACCUUUUGA